AUGGAGUGCGACAGUGACAACAAGCUCCAUGCCCCGCUCGUCGCGGAGGCCGCGCCCCGGCGCCAGCGCUGCGCACAGCGGAAAUGGUGCGUACGUGCCUGGCGGAACAAACGCAUGCGCGGUCGCGCCGCCGUCUGCGCCGCGGGAUUGGCCGUCGCCUUUGCCGCCGUCGCGCUCACGGCGCUGGCCGCGCCGCACCACAGGCAUCACCACCGGCGGCGGCACCACCGCCACCACCCCGCCGCCGCCGCCGCCGCCGCCGCCGCCGACGCGGUCGACGAGGCCUGCGUGGAUCACGCGGUGGCGGACCGCCUGGCCGUCGAGCUCGGGUCGCGCCUCGCGGGCUGGCGGGCGCUGGCGCGGCCCGCCGGCGCCUCGUUGUUAUUGGACCGGGGAGCGCUGGCCGCGGGGCGGCCCGACGGCUACGACUGGCGGCACGCGCACCAAGCUGUUACUAAUGGCUACGACGCGGUCCUCACGGACGUGAAGGCGGGGGGCCUGGAGCCGCCGAGCUUCGAGGACGUCUGCGACGUCGCGGCGCCGGCGGCCGCCUGUGCCGAGGCUUGCCUCGAGUCGCGCUUCCGCGCGCGCGACGGCUUCGAGCGCUGCUCUGACGGCGCGCGCGCCGCUUUUCUGUUGGCGCCCGACCUCGUGAAGGCUUGCCUGACGCCGGAGACGCCCUGCUACGAGUGCGUGGCAUCGUGCGGGGUGGCGGCGGAGUCUUGCCGGCCCGUGCGCGUGGCGCGGAGUAGUGGGUAA